UCGCGCUGGCGGCGCGCGUCCGCCCCCCCCCCCCGCCCUCCGCCCUCGCGCCCUCGCGCCCUCGCGCCGGGGGCGGGCUCGCUGCGCGUGCCGGGCGGGGAACGGCGCGAGCCGGGCGCUGGGAACGUUCGUCGCGGGGGCGGCUCCGGGGCCUGAGCGGGCGCCGCAGCCGCCUCAGUUGAGGGGGCCGGGCCGAACGAGGCGGAGGAGGCUGCGGCCACUGGAGACCUUCCCCACGCCCCCAGCUCUCGCCGGGAAGCGAGCCAGGAUGAUUGAGGAAGGUGGGAACAAGCGGAAGACCGUGGCAGAGAAGAGGCAGCUGUUCAUAGAAAUGCGUGCACAGAAUUUUGAUGUCAUACGAUUAUCAACUUACAGAACAGCUUGCAAAUUACGCUUUGUACAGAAACGAUGCAACCUUCAUCUGGUUGAUAUCUGGAACAUGAUCGAAGCCUUUCGAGACAAUGGCCUUAAUACACUGGACCAUAGCACCGAGAUCAGUGUGUCCCGCCUGGAAACCGUCAUCUCAUCCAUCUACUAUCAGUUGAAUAAGCGCCUUCCUUCUACUCACCAAAUCAGUGUGGAACAGUCCAUCAGCCUCCUCCUCAACUUUAUGAUUGCCGCUUAUGACAGUGAGGGCCGAGGCAAGUUGACCGUAUUUUCAGUUAAAGCUAUGUUAGCAACCAUGUGUGGUGGAAAAAUGCUGGACAAAUUGAGAUAUAUUUUCUCCCAGAUGUCAGAUUCCAAUGGCUUAAUGAUAUUUAGCAAGUUUGACCAGUUUCUGAAGGAAGUUCUGAAGCUCCCAACAGCUGUCUUUGAAGGGCCAUCUUUUGGGUACACAGAACACUCAGUCCGCACCUGUUUUCCACAGCAGAAAAAGAUAAUGUUAAAUAUGUUUUUAGACACAAUGAUGGCAGACCCUCCCCCACAGUGCCUUGUUUGGCUACCUCUCAUGCACAGGCUUGCCCAUGUCGAGAAUGUCUUCCAUCCUGUGGAGUGCUCCUACUGCCGCUGUGAGAGCAUGAUGGGCUUCCGCUACCGAUGCCAGCAGUGCCACAACUACCAGCUCUGCCAGAACUGCUUUUGGCGUGGCCAUGCCAGCGGCCCGCACAGCAACCAGCACCAGAUGAAGGAGCAUUCCUCUUGGAAAUCCCCUGCAAAGAAGCUGAGCCAUGCAAUUAGUAAAUCUUUGGGGUGUGUGCCCUCCAGAGAACCCCCACAUCCUGUUUUUCCUGAGCAACCAGAGAAACCACUUGACCUUGCACAUAUAGUCCCUCCUCGCCCUCUGACCAAUAUGAAUGACACCAUGGUUAGCCACAUGUCCUCUGGAGUGCCCACCCCCACCAAGAGGUUUCAGUAUAGCCAGGAUAUGCCCAGCUCGCUGGCCGAUGAGCAUGCGCUGAUAGCCUCCUAUGUGGCCCGYCUGCAGCACUGUGCACGUGUCCUGGAAAGUCCUAGCCGGCUGGAUGAGGAGCACCGACUCAUAGCCCGCUAUGCUGCCCGACUCGCUGCAGAAGCAGGAAACACGACUCGUCCUCCUGCUGAUGUGAGCUUUAACUUUGAUGCCAACAAACAGCAGAGACAACUUAUUGCAGAACUGGAAAACAAGAACAGAGAGAUCCUGCAAGAGAUCCAGCGUCUCCGUCUGGAGCACGAGCAGGCUUCCCAGCCCACUCCUGAGAAGGCCCAGCAGAACCCCACGUUGCUGGCUGAGCUGCGGUUGCUGAGGCAAAGGAAAGACGAGCUGGAGCAGAGGAUGUCGGCACUACAGGAAAGCAGGCGMGAGCUCAUGGUCCAGCUGGAGGGGCUGAUGAAGCUGCUGAAGGAAGAAGAGCAAAAGCAGGCAGCUCAGGCCACAGGAUCACCACAUACAUCGCCCACUCACGCAGGCAGCCGUCCCAUGCCYAUGCCUGUCCGUUCUGCAUCUGCCGGGUCCACCCCCACCCAUGGCCCACAGGACUCCCUGAGCGGGGUUGGGGGAGACGUGCAGGAGGCCUUCGCCCAAGGUACGAGGAGAAACCUCCGCAAUGACCUGCUGGUGGCUGCUGACUCCAUCACCAACACCAUGUCAUCCCUGGUGAAGGAGCUCCAUUCAGCAGAGGAAGGUGCAGAGGAAGAGGAAGAGAAGAUGCAGAAUGGGAAAGACAGAGGUUAGCCAAGGAGCCAGGCACAGAGGACGCUCAGGCACAGAGGACGUGGCAAGCUGGCACCAACACUACCAAGGCACGGUCUUCCCCCAGAGGCACAUUCCUAUCCAUCUUUCUGCUGCACACCUGGACCCGGCUUGCAGGCUGUCAGACGUCACUCCAUCGCCAGGGAGAGGGGAGCCAAACCGGUGGGAAGUGGGGAGGGCCUGCCUGGAGCAAAGCCGCAGCUGGUGGGCCUUCCCCUGCGCAGCCCUGCAUGUACUAGCAUCUUCAUUACUCCCCUCCGGGCAUGGUCUCCUCUCUGCAUCAGGAAUUUUCCGGGAGGUUGAAAAGAGAAAAGAAAA